UUCUCCAGAACCGCUCUGGCUGGUGGCUCUGGUUACUCCCGGGUUGAACAAACAAGAGACCCCUUCCCAGCACCCCAACACGUCCUUGCUUUGUGUGGUGAGCCGAAAUACCUAGGUAGGGGUGAAGAUCCAGUCAAGUGCCGGAGACCCCAGUGAGAGACAGAUAAGUGAGCCACAGAGUGAACAGUGCCCUCUGUGUUGUGUUGGUCGGGUAGGAUGUGCCAGGACUAACAAGGCAAGGCUAUUCUGAAGGGAUGGGGUCCUGAGUGCUGGGGGCAACUAAGUAUGGACCUCUGCCAUCCGGACCCAGGAUCAUGACAUCAGCCUUUCAGAGAGCGGUCAAGAGUGUGAUACAGGAGGUGGACCACGGCAUAGAAGAUCUCAUCCCAGUGGACUGCCUUCAGAAUUCGAUCAGCUUUAAGCCCUACAGCCUCCUGAGCAGGAAACUCUCAAGCUCAUGUUUCUGGAAACCCAGUUAUACAUUUCUCAACAUGUCAAUCAAGGACAUCCUGGAACCCAUCUCACCAGAACCAGAACCGGAGUGUAUUGGCCACUUCCAAGUCUCUGAUGUCAUCGAUGGGAACAUUCAGGGCAGUGUGGUGAUGUCAGGCAGGGGAGAAGGGAGAAUUGCUGGUGCGGCUGCAGUGUCUGACAGUUCCAGUGCCUCCAUGAGUGUGUGUAUACUUUCUGUGAAUCUGCAGACCUGGUCACUCAUUCAACGUGAAAGGCACCUGCAGCAGCCUGAGAAUACAAUCCUGCAACAGCUUCGGAGUCGUGGGGAUGACGUGUUUGUCAUCACCAAGGUGCUGCAGACAAAGAAGGAGUUGCAGAUCACCCAGGCCCACAGCCAGGAGUCCCAGGGUGAAGGCAAGGGCCACCAAAGCCAGAACAAGAUGGUGACCAUUCCUGCAGGCAGCGUCCUUGCAUUUCAAGUGUACAAACUGCUCAUUGGCUCUUCAUGGGGUAUCCUUCUCCUCCCGGAUGAGAAAGAGAGGACCUUUGAAUCCUCCUCAGACCAUAGAAGAGGAGUGGACCUAGGGCACCAUUGCUUUAAUCUGCUCGCUGCACUACAGUUGACUGGUGAACAGCACAAAUUCAUGUCAGUCUCUCCAGAUGAAAUCCCUGAGGAAGAAGAAUUCAGGAAAGACUUCCAAGGCCUGUGUGCAGAGGUGAAGGCUGGCUCCUUAGAACUGGGGAACUUAGAAAUAGAGGUGAGAGAACAGCUGCUAGAGGACAUCGGGAGGAUUUUACAGGACCAGCCCCGCCUGGACGCCUUAGAGGCCUCACUACGGCAGGGCCUGUGCAGUGGUGAGCAGGUGGAGCUUCUGGACAGCCCAGCAGGCUGCAUCCUUGAGUAUCUGGUGCUCUGUUCUGCAGAGCCGGCGCUGGAACUAGCAGGCUCUAUCUUCUUUCUGUUGGGAGCACUGAAUGUGCUGAGUGAAACUCAGCAGCAGCUGCUGGCUAAGGCUCUGGAGAAAACAGUACUGUCAAAACAGCUGGAGUUGGUGGAGCACAUCUUGGAACAGAGUACCCCAUGGCAGGAGCAGAGGUCUGUGUCCCUUCCCUCCAGGCUCCUUGGGGACAGCUGGGAUGAAGAGGCCCCCAUCUGGGUCUUGCUAGAAGAAUGUGGCCUAAGGCUGCAGGUGGAACCCCCCCUGGUGCACUGGGAACCGACUUCUCAGGGCCCCACAUGUGCUCUCUAUGCCUCCCUGGUCCUAUUGUCUAGUAUAGGCCAUGAUCUUGAUUAGCCUGCAGGCCUCCCUUCCAGCAACAUCUCCAUGUCCUACCUUCCAGCCAGGGCAGAAUCUUGCCAAGCCCAUCCUCUAGGAAGGCCAAGUACCCAACUCAGUCACAGGGUUAGAAUGCAAUGACACCUAGGAGUUGGAAAAAUUUAAUAAACGUACAAACAAAAGCAUA